AUGGAUGUUAGCUUAGCAGCUCGCAAUCUUCUUCAAUUGCCAAAUCUGCCUAAUAUCCCAAAUCUCCCUCAACCCACAUUGCCAAUGCCAACAUUUCCAACAACACAACCAUCGUUACCUAACCCUUCAACAUUGCCACCACUUCCUAGCUUGCCCAACAUGCCUACUAUCCCAAAGCUCACUUUGCCUCCACUGCCAAGCAUGCCUUCAAUCCCCAAUAUCCCAACUACAAUUCCCUCCAUUCCUUUCCUCUCCCCACCACCAGCUGGGAACUAA